GAUUAAUGCUGGCGUGUACAGUGGUAGCAUUGUGGCGGGAAGUAUCGGAAACCAGGGUUUUCGGUUCCGGCAACGAGGAGUACAGCUUCCUCAUUUGAAACACGAAACGCUACAAGUCUUCCAAUUACAACAAGAUUGAAGCUCACGAAGCAUCAUUUUCAUCCACAGCCAUGUACCGGGUGGCUACACGAAACGUCGUUUCUAUCCCUCGGUGGCGUUUUUUGGCUCUUUUGAUUGGCUUCCCUCCGCGCAACUUCACCUCAUUUACUCACUCACCGACGUUUUUUGAAAGGCAACAGCUUGAAAAGUUGCACAUUGGGAAAGUGAGAAAAUAUUCGGGAGGAACCAUCAAUGCUGCUAAGAAGGUUAAGGAUAUUAAUAAUGUCCAAGACGAUAAGUUCCUUUCUCACAUUUUAUGGUGGAAAGAGAUGGUAGAAUCAUGCAAGAAGCCGUCAUCUGUCCAGCUGGUUAAGAGGCUUGACUUUUCCAAUUUGCUAGGUUUAGAUAUUAACCUGAAAAAUGGGAGUCUUAAAGAAGGAACUCUUAACUGUGAGAUUCUACAGUUCAAGGCAAAGUUUCCUCGAGAAGUUUUGCUCUGUAGAGUAGGAGACUUUUAUGAAGCAAUUGGAAUAGAUGCUUGCAUACUUGUGGAAUAUGCUGGUUUAAAUCCUUUUGGAGGUCAGCGUAUGGAUAGUAUUCCAAAAGCUGGUUGCCCCGUUGUGAAUCUUCGUCAAACCUUGGAUGAUCUGACAAAUAAUGGGUUCUCAGUGUGCAUAGUGGAAGAAGUUCAGGGCCCAAUGCAAGCUCGUUCUCGCAAAGGACGCUUUAUAUCUGGGCAUGCACACCCAGGCAGUCCUUAUGUCUUUGGGCUUGUUGGGGUUGAUCACGAUCUUGACUUUCCAGAACCAAUGCCUGUGGUUGGAAUAUCUCGAUCUGCAAGGGGCUAUUGCAUAAACCUCGUCAUAGAGACCAUGAAGACAUAUUCGUCAGAGGAUGGUUUGACAGAAGAGGCCUUGGUUACUAAAUUGCGCACUUGUCGGUACCAUCAUUUAUUUCUUCACACUUCAUUGAGGAACAACUCCUCAGGCACUUGUCGCUGGGGUGAAUUUGGUGAGGGUGGCCGGCUAUGGGGGGAAUGUAAUUCCAGACAUUUUGAGUGGUUCGAUGGAAAUCCGCUUGAUAAUCUUUUGUUUAAGGUUAAAGAGCUUUAUGGUCUUGAUGAUGAAGUUAAAUUUAGGAAUGUAACAAUAUCGUCAGAGAAUAAGCCACAGCCAUUAACAUUAGGAACUGCAACACAGAUUGGUGCCAUACCAACAGAGGGAAUACCUUGUUUAUUGAAGGUGUUGCUUCCAUCAAAUUGUGCUGGCCUUCCUGCAUUGUAUAUUAGGGAUCUUCUUCUCAAUCCUCCUGCUUAUGAAACUGCGACCACUAUUCAAGCAACAUGCAGACUUAUGAGCAAUGUCACAUGUGCAAUUCCAGACUUCACUUGCUUUCCGCCAGCCAAGCUUGUGAAGUUAUUGGAAAUGAGGGAGGCCAAUCAUAUUGAAUUCUGUAGAAUGAAGAAUGUACUUGACGAAAUACUACACAUGCAUAAAAAUUGUGAGUUAAACAAUAUCCUGAAAUUGUUGAUGGGUCCUGCAUCUGUGGCAACUGGGUUGAAAAUUGACUAUGAUACGUUUGUCAACGAAUGUGAAUGGGCUUCCAGUAGAGUUGACGAAAUGAUUUUUCUUGGUAGUGAAAGUGAAAGUGAUCAGAAAAUCACUUCUUAUCCUAUCAUUCCUAAUGAUUUUUUCGAGGAUAUGGAAUCUUCUUGGAAAGGGCGUGUGAAGAGGAUUCACAUUGAAGAAUCGUGUACAGAAGUUGAAAGGGCAGCUGAAGCACUCUCCCUUGCAGUUAUUGAAGAUUUUAUCCCAAUCAUUUUAAGAAUCAAGGCUAUGACUGCACCACUAGGAGGUCCAAAGGGAGAAAUAUUGUAUGCUCGGGAGCAUCAAUCUGUCUGGUUCAAAGGAAGACGGUUUGCACCAGCUGUAUGGGCUGGAAGCCCCGGAGAAGAAGAAAUUAAACAAUUGAAACCUGCUCUUGAUUCAAAGGGGAAAAAGGUUGGGGAGGAGUGGUUUACCACGAAAAAAGUGGAGGAUGCUCUAACAAGGUACCAAGAGGCCAAUACCAAGGCAAAAGCAAAAGUAGUGGAUCUGCUGAGGCAACUUUCUUCCGAAUUGCUAGCUAAAAUUAACGUCCUAAUCUUUGCUUCCAUGUUACUCAUAAUCGCCAAGGCAUUAUUUGCUCAUGUGAGUGAAGGGAGGAGGAGGAAAUGGGUUUUUCCCACCCUUGCUGCACCCAGUGAUAGGUCCAAGCAGGGCAUAAAAUCAGUGGAGGGGAAAGUUGGGAUGAAGCUGGUUGGACUAUCUCCCUAUUGGUUUGAUGUCGUAGAAGGCAAAGCUGUGCAAAAUACUAUUGAGAUGGAAUUGUUAUUUCUUUUGACUGGUCCAAAUGGGGGUGGAAAAUCUAGUUUGCUUCGAUCCAUUUGUGCUGCUGCUUUGCUUGGGAUAUGUGGAUUUAUGGUGCCAGCAGAGUCCGCCGUGAUUCCCCACUUCGACUCAAUUAUGCUUCAUAUGAAAUCUUUUGAUAGUCCUGCUGAUGGAAAAAGUUCAUUUCAGGUGGAAAUGUCGGAGAUGAGAUCUAUCAUUGGUAGAGUAACGGAAAGAAGUCUUGUACUUGUAGAUGAAAUCUGUCGUGGAACAGAAACAGCAAAAGGAACUUGUAUUGCUGGGAGCAUUAUUGAAGCUCUUGAUAAAGUAGGCUGUCUUGGUAUCGUCUCCACUCACUUGCAUGGAAUAUUCAAUUUGCCUUUAGAUACCAAAAACACUGUGUACAAAGCAAUGGGAACCAUUUCUGCUGAUGGACGAACGGUUCCCACUUGGAAGUUGAUUAGUGGAAUAUGUAGAGAGAGCCUUGCAUUUGAAACAGCAAAGAAUGAAGGAAUCUCUGAAGCUAUAAUUCAGAGGGCCGAAGAUUUGUAUCUCUCAAAUUAUGCUAAAGAAGGCAUUUCAGGAAAAGAGAAAACAGAUUUGAACUUUUUUGUUUCUUCUCAUGCAAGCCUUAACGGUAAUGGAAAAUCCCAUCUCAAGUCAAAUGGUGUUAUAGUAGAAGCUGAUCAGCCAAAAACAGAGGCAACUAGCAAAACAGGUGUCUUGUGGAAGAAAAUUGAGGCGGCUAUCACUGCAAUAUGCCAAAAGAAGCUGAUAGAGUUUCACAAAGAUAAAAACACAUUGAAACCUGCAGAAAUUCAAUGUGUUCUAAUUGAUGCCAGAGAGAAGCCACCUCCAUCAACAAUAGGUGCUUCGAGCGUGUACGUGAUUCUUAGACCAGAUGGUAAAUUCUAUGUUGGACAGACGGAUGAUCUGGAGGGUAGAGUCCAUUCACAUCGUUUAAAGGAAGGAAUGCGGGACACUGCAUUCCUUUAUUUUAUGGUUCCUGGGAAGAGCUUAGCUUGCCAACUCGAAACUCUUCUCAUCAAUCGACUUCCUGAUCAUGGGUUCCAGCUAACUAAUGUUGCUGAUGGAAAGCAUCGGAAUUUUGGCACGUCCAAUCUCUUAUCAGAUAAUGUGACUGUUUGUUCAUAAUUCAACAGCCUUUUGUUUUCCCAUGUACAUGGAAUUGAUGAGAGCAAAAAAUCAGUCGAUCUUCCCGAGGGAUUUAUAUUAUAUAGAUUGAAGAAAUGUGUUGUUGUAGGUGAUGAACACAGGCUGCAGUUGUAACUUUAUAGUUUUACACCAGCAGAUGAGAUCAAAUUUUUGAUGCAGGAAGUGUUUAGGCAUUGUACAUCUUACAUCAAUUUUAUUAGAUGCAGUCUCUGUUCCUUGCU